CAAGUGACGCCCCCACUUCUUACAUUGUCCCAUUUCCAUACGCAUGCACGCCUCUUCCAGCUUUCACACAUGCUUGCCGACGGACGUACAUUAGCUAUAUAUCAUCUAUAAAUAGCAUGCAUAUCUCAACGCACUUCUCUGCAAUUAAAACUUUCUAACCUCUAAAUCAAUAUUAGCUAAGUUUCCAAGUAAUUUAUAACCUUGUGCUGAUCGAUCUUUGGACAUUUAAUUGAUUUGUGACAAUGGCUUCCAUGAGGGUUUUAGGUGUUGUUGCUUUGCUCGUUGCAAUUAAUGCUAUAGCAUGUGAAAGUAGAGCGGCAAGAAAAGACCUUGGGUUGGACCUGGGUGGGGUGGGAGUAGGAGUAGGAGCUGGUCUAGGAAUUGGACUUGGCGGCGGUGGUGGUAGUGGUAGUGGUGCUGGCUCUGGUGCAGGUGCAGGGUCUGGUUCUGGUUCUGCUUCGGGAUCAGGUUCAGGAUCAGGGUCUUCUGGAGCAGGCUCCGAAGCUGGUUCUCAUGCAGGGUCUCGUGCUGGGUCAGGAGCAGGCUCUGAAGCAGGCUCAUAUGCGGGUUCUCAUGCUGGGUCUGGGUCAGGAUCUUCUGGAGCCGGUUCUGAAGCUGGCUCCUAUGCAGGUUCUCAUGCUGGGUCAGGGUCUUCUGGAGCCGGUUCUGAAGCUGGUUCAUAUGCAGGCUCUCGUGCUGGAUCAUAUGCCGGUGGUAAUGGAAAGUAGAAUCAUCCAUAUAUAAAAUAAAACUUCACUAUGCGACGAUAAACAAACAAAUAUAAUUCCAAUUAGUUCAAUAUACAUAUUGUAAUCCUGGAUUCCCUUAUAUAUUGUGUUUAUAUUGACUAUAAUAUAUGGUUCAAUAAAGUUUGAAGUGUUAACUCUCAAUUCUGUAGUUGAACAGUUGAUAUAACUAUUUGAAUCGAGAAUGUUUUCACACUAGUCCAAUUUAAGUUUGAGUUAAUAAUGUUUUCACUUUGUCCAA